CCGGCGUUCUUCGUAAUUUUUCCUGCAUAUUACAGAAACACUUAAUAUUCUAGCUUCCGUUCAUUAGAAGUUUGCAUGUUUGUAGAAAUUUGAAGUACUUUUGUUAUUGCGGUGGAUCGAAGUCAACCGGACAAAAUUUCUACGCGCCAAAAUCACGUGCCCAUUUGAUUAACACUGGAGGCGGGCCGAAAUUCAAAUCAAAUCCAUCCGGUUGACUUCGAUGUAUCGCAAUAUCUAGUCCGAUUUUCUGUCUCACUUUUCUUUCUUUGAAAUCGAGGGUAUUUUGUGUGUAGCAAAACUCGUCUAGCCGUGUAGGUAUUGGACAUAGCAGAAAAGAGAUUCGAGAUCAGCAGAUGAGUCAGUCUGAAUCUCUCGCCCUGCAAGAAAGGAAGUGCUGCCGAGAUGUCAAUUUUUAAAGGAGUCGGUCUGUCUCCAUAAAUUGGACCAAUUACUGGAGAAGGAUUAUAUAUUUUGGUUAUCUUUCUGCUAGAGGGUUAUGGGGCAAAUCUGUAAUUAGUAUUAAAAGUCAAUUGCAUUCAUGAUCGAUUGACAACUACUUCUGGAAUAUGUCGUCUGGAUAUUUUUUGAACGUGGAUGGUUUGCUUGAAUAAAGAUGACCUCAAUGCAUUCGACAGCAGAAGAUGCUGCGGCCGAGCGGCUGCUUAUGUGUGAACGAGACGUUGUUCAUCUAAUUCUGGAAUUUUUAUCGUCGAGACGAUUGACAUCUGCUCAGGUUCAACUGGAGAAAGAGUCUGGAGUAGUCAACGACGUGAUUCCAUCGCCAGAUUUGCUAUUUUUGAGAUCAUUAAUCAUUGAGGGACGCUGGGAUGACGUUACUGAAUUUCUUCAACCCCUUGAAGAUGCAUUUAAAGGAUUUCCUGGACGGAGAGUUCGAGCUACGAUUUUAAAACAUCGAUUUCUGGACAUUCUUAUCCUUCAUGUGUCUAAUGCAACGUCUUCAUUGGAGGAACCAAAACCGGCCGUUGUUGAAGACUUGGUGAAGGUGUUGAAUGAGUUGGAAGGCCUGGUGGAGUCAAAGGAAGAAUACUCGUCGUUAUGUUCGCUACUUACUUCACCGACGCGCUUGGUUGAACACCAAGAGUAUAAAGAUUGGAAUUCUUCAACUGCAAGAUUAACAUGCUUCAGUCUGCUUAGACCCCUCGUACAAAAGUUCAUCCCCCCUCCACAGGGGCCUAUGAAACCACAUCCUGUCGCUACGGCAGACCGGCUCAUUCAACUCUUAAUCAAAGGCCUUCUGUAUGAAUCGUGUGUCGAUUUUUGUCAAAAUAAGGCAAUGGCAAAUGACAAGGGAGCAGCAAUCGGCGGAAGGAGUAGUGCUUCCAGUGCGUCAGAAUCACAAAUUAGAUUUUCUCAAUUACUGAACGACAACCAACUCUCAGAAUCAGAUUUGAGCUUGAUUUCAUGGUUGAGGAGUAUCCCCAAUAAUAUUUUUGGAUGCCCCUUCCAACGAAGAAGUCUGCGAGUUGAUAUUGAACCCCUGCCCAAAGUCCAAAAGACAUUGAUGAAUAUUUCCAUAAUGGAUAGCGCAUCAGAUCUUUUAUCUCGGAGUAUGGCAAGUACCAGCUUCCAUUUGAGUAGCGUCGAACCACAGGCCACAGAUUUGAAGACAAUGACAACUUCCGUCGAUCGUCUUUUUCUCGGCGAUUUUGUAGAUUCCAUUCACCAGUCGUCCUCAGCAGCGCAAGGUGUUCGAGUCGAACCCCUAAAACCUUUCAAUACGCAUCCUGGAAUUAAUCCGUCUUCUACUACUGGCCAUCCAUACUCGAAAACGGUCCAUUCCAGAGAUCAAAUGGCAACAAAAGAAGCAAACAGCUCAACAAGUGCAAACUCAAAAGCCAAAUUUAUUUCGGUUACCGUACUUGAAGAUGUGCAAGCUAUUCGAUGUGCUGAAUUUCAUCCGGAAGGAAAGGUCUACGCCAUUGGUUCAAACUCGAAAACUCUUCGUGUGUGUUCUUAUCCUGAUUUGGGAGACCUGUCUGAAAGUCAUCAUCCAUAUCAACCAACAGUUUUAUUUAAACGAACUAAACACCAUAAGGGAUCAAUUUAUUGCAUGGGUUGGUCCCCUGAUGGUGCAUUAUUGGCGACGGGGAGCAAUGACAAAACUGUAAAGUUGCUCAGAUUUGAUGACAUUAAUAGUAGCGAGUUGACAGGAUCUCAAGAAGUAGAGUUAUCCAUGCAUGACGGGACUGUCCGAGAUGUGUGUUUUUUGGAAGAAAUUAGUAACAAGACCUCACUUUUGGUCAGUGGGGGCGCAGGCGACUGCAAAAUUUAUGUGACCGAUUGCGCAACUGCCACUCCAUUCCAAGCACUUUCUGGACAUACUGGCGCAAUUCUGUCUCUAUACAAUUGGGGAGGUCAAAUAUUUUGCUCAGGAAGUCAGGACAAGACAAUUCGAUUCUGGGACCUCCGGACCCGUGGUUGCGUUGACGUUGUCACUCCACUUACAUCCACAGCAUCAACAAAAUCUCCCGUUGCUUCUGUGUGCGUUGAACCAUCUGGUAGACUCUUGGUUUGUGGUCACGAGGAUGCAGCCAUGGUUCUGUACGAUAUCCGUGGUCAACGUCAAAUCCAAUCCAUGAAAGCCCACUCGGCGGAUGUGCGAUCUGUUCGAUUUUCUCCUGCCGCCUAUUACCUGCUUUCUGGAGGAUACGAUAAUAAAAUCGCCCUGAGCGACCUGCAAGGCGACCUUUCAGUCCCACUCCCAUCAGUCGUUGUUGCUUCUCACACGGAUAAAGUCAUCAGUGCCCGGUGGCACCCAUCAGAAUUUACUUUCAUUUCAACAUCCGCCGAUAAGACCGUUAAUCUCUGGGCUUUACCACCGGAGCCUUGAAAUCUAAAUUAUUAGUAACCCUGUUCACAUGUCGAACUAUAAUGUAACAUUUAUGACGCGUGUCUUGCUGUUGUGAUGAUGCCUUGUGAAGUUUCCAAUAUGUUAGCUAAGCUAUAAUGAUACCAAAUUUAUAUGUUUUUAACUUAUCAUCUAGUCUAUAGUAUUUCUUCCCAGUUAACAAUAAUUUAUUACCAAUUAAUUUAUCUAUCGUCACGCACUUUAGCUAACCAAAAAUAAGGCUGAUGAAUUUUAACAAAUAUUUUACCAUUGUUAACAUGUAACCGGUGCUGCUGCUGAGUUAUUUUUGCAAUUUUAAUAACCAGAGGUGACCUUUUCCACAGCCACAUUGUUCGUAAUAGAUUUUUCUACUCAUUGUUGUUCUCUUUUUGUGGCGACACAUCAUACUCAAAUAAUUCAAGUAUUUCUUACGACCAAUGACUAUUAAUCCACGCAAUGCAACUCCUAAUAACCAAAUGCAGAAUGAUAUUAUAUACGUAUUAAAACUACUUAAUUUUUGUGAAUGCAGCUUUUUUACGCUCACUUGAUUUAUAUGUAUGUAGUACAAGCAAGCAACAAAUAAAAUACAUUUCAAUCACACUAAAUAA